AUGGCCGAUGCAGCCAUGGCGAAGCAGGAGAAAUCAGAGUCGCAGGAAACACCCGAGGAAGAGAUGACUCAGACAGAGGAGGAAGAAGACCUAGCUGACUUUGAGCGCAAGCUCAUUGAUCUGGACAUCAACUUUGCAGACCUGGACCCGGAGUUGCAAAACCGACUUCGCAGCAGUAAGAGCUCUCGAACUGAUUUUCUGGCGAUACACAGCACGGACAAAUGCUACAAUCCUGAAGAUGGCACCUGGAUGCCACAGCCAACGACCAAGAAGCGAGAGUUUGGAGCCAUUACGGGACGCGAAGUCCCCAAUAUGACUACAGAGGCCAACGUACAAUCAGCCAUGAUGAAGUACCACGAGCAGUCCAUUCUACCCAGCUUGGAUCAGCUUUAUCAGUGCUGCGAUGCUUUUGUUUACAAGAUGGCACAGCAUGAGUUUGCCUUGACGCAGUAUACGCUUGAGAGACAGGCGGCCCAAUUGCAGACAUUGGAGCGCGUAUUCUUGCUUGGUUUCGGUCACGACAAGUUCUACGAGGAG